CUAUUGCAACACACUCACAAACUGAAACUAGCAGUUCCUUGAGGCAGAGACCUUUACAUGUUUGGAUUCUACCAUGACUAUGAGAAGCUUGCUCUCUGACCAUAGCCACUAUGUUGAAUCUUUUCAUCUGUUCCUUGAGAAUUCAACGGAGCAUCACUGCAUGCUGGAAUUCAUUGAAAAGAAGCUCCUAGGAAUAUUAUCAAGUAUAGGCAAUGGAAAAUCUGCAAUCAAUGUUCUAAGUGUUGGUGGUGGUGCCGCGCUCUCUCUCUCUCUCUCCUCUCUCGCUCUCUCUCCUCCCCGCCCCCUGCUUCCCCUUAUUUGUGUUCUAGGAGAAAUUGACCUUCAGAUUCUCACAAAACUACAAGCUAAAUAUCCUGGGGUUGUCAUUCAUAACGAUGUGGUAGAACCAAGUGCUGAACAAAUAAUCGCCUACAAAGAACGUGUAGCAAACACAUCAAACCUUGAGAACAUAACGUUUACUUGGCACAAGGAGACUUCACUGGAAUAUGAAAGUCGAAUGAAGGCCAGCAAAGAGAUGAGGAAGUGGAACUUCAUCCACAUGAUCCAGAUGCUGUAUUAUGUACAAGACAUCCCAGCUACCAUUAGGUUCUUUCAUAGCCUCUUGGAACCUGGGGCCAAGCUCCUUAUUAUUCUUGUUUCAGGAACCAGUGGCUGGGCCAGACUGUGGAAGAAAUUUGGUCCUCGUUUACCUCUGAAUGAUCUUUGCAUGUAUGUUACAUCUGCUCACAUUGAAGAGAUACUUGAUGGGGCUGGGCAGAGGUACCAGUCUUAUGAGCUUCCAUCUGAUAUGGACAUAACUGAUUGCUUUAUUGAUGGAAACAAAAAUGGGGAGUUGCUGCUUGAUUUUUUGACAGAAACCUGUAAUUUUAGUAAAACUGCACCCCUUGACCUGAAAAAUGAAAUUGUUGAAGACCUUAAAAAGCUUGAAUAUAGUGAAAAGAGAGGUGACAAGUAUUUUUUUAAUAACAAUCUGAGUGCAAUAGUGAUUGAAUCCUAGAUGCAUUUAGCUGAAUUUCUUUGAGAUACCAUUUAACAAAUGGAACUUUUUUUAUAAUUUGUUAAAUAUUUCAUUCAUUGUGAAAUAUGUGAUACUUGGAGCAAAUGCUUAUAUAUACACACACACACACAGGAUAUACCAUUUUGUGGCUACUGUUAUAGUUGCUGAACAACAUUGUUAUGCAUUUAUAAUACUACAUAUUCAGACUUGGCUAAUAGAUUAAAACAUAAC